AUGACUAAUUAUGAGAGGUACGGAAUCCCGGAUCAGAGCCGAAUCUUCAACAAACCAUCAGGUGUAUGGAAUCCUAGUUUGUUAAUAAAUACGGAUAUUCACAAUCACCGCUUAGAAUCACACGCAGAAGAAGAAAAUAGAUAG